AUGUCUGGCCGAGGAAAGCGUGGCGGGAAGCGUGGCGGAAAUCGCAAUGCGGCUCCCGUGAGGCAACGUGAACACGACCCGUCUGCCCUAGCCGCUCAGAAGGAAGCAGAGCGACGUGAGCGAAUUCUUGCUGAUCGCCGUCGAACUGAAGCCAAAUGGCGUCCCAAGGUUCCCGAAGUCCGCAAGCUCAACUUCGAAAGCUUCAAGAAUCGAUUCCAUGACAUCGAAGAGCCUGACUAUGCCAUCGACGUUCUCGUGGGUGGGAACAACCUCCAGGCCCAGAUCCGACGUGAACAGGCCGCUCGACGCAAGGAAGAGCUUGCCCGCGUUCGCCAGAAGUACCUGCUCUCUUACGGCGUUCCCCGGGAGCACGUCUAUGUACCUCGUCACAAGAAUGACGCCCAGGAGAGAGCCAGGAGAGAGAAGAGAGCAGAGGCCGGGCAGACCGGCGAGACUGAGAUUCAGCGCAUCCGAAUCCAGUCCCAGCCUAUUCUUGGCCAUCUUACCUCGCUGAUAAAGGACACCGAGCAGAGAUCUACCCCUCGUACUUUCGUGAGGCCUUUCAAGUCUUUGAUUUACUUCCAGCCUAAGAUGAAAGAGAUUCUCGCCACUCUUGAAGAGAAGUGGGCUGAUUACGAGGAGCUGGAGGAGGUUGAGUCUGAGAAGAUCAACGAGACUCCAGAGGAGGUAGAGAUCGUAGAGAAGGAGGAUGAUACCAAAGAGAAGGAUGCUGAUGAUGAAUCCGGAAGCGAUGACGACGACGACAAUGAAUCUCUUCUCUCGGUCGAUUCCAAUGCCGAGGACAUUGACACUAUCAUGGAUAGCCCCGAAGCUCUCAGAGAUAUGCGAUGCUACGUCAACUUCGUUGAUAAGGAGAUCAUGCCACUCCAUGACCGCUUCGAGGGGACGGGUGCUGAUAAGGUCAAAUUCGACGACCUUUGGAGUUUGUUCCGAACUGGCGACCUGAUUUACAUGCCGGCUGCAGGAGAAACUGCUGGUCGAUACCAUGAGGUCUGGCGAGUCUACCGAACCGAGGUGCCUGAGCCGGAAGCAGCCUACCCAUCGAAGCUGGGAUGGGAAUUCUUCAGCGAUGAGCUGCAGCAGGAUAAGAAGACCAAGUUUAACAUCUUCGCCUACUACAUUGAUCACGAUGGUAACUCGUUUGGUGCUGUAAGGCACAAAUUCGAGCUGGAGUCUUUCUCGGGUGAAAGACUUAUUGAGAGCCUUGAGGUAUUCCCAAUCCGCUACAGGCAGGACCACCGAAACCUUCUCGAGUCAUUGAAGAAGCAGGGUGAGGACUUUAAGAGAUUCCUGGGCGACCGACAUCAGGCGUACAACGCCUGGACUUUGACCCGGAACCCACCAUUCGACACGAAGGAAGCCGACAAUGAAAUUUUGCAUGACGAGAAUAGGGAGAAGAUGCGACAUCCCGAAUUCGUUGAAAGCGAUGUCAUCGUCGACCUCGCUGAAGCGUACCAGAAGAAUCCGGACUGGCGUCCCGUAUUCCAUCGUCUAACCCUCACCAAGUCGAUCCGCUGCGAAGUGGAGGAUGACGACAUGAACAUUCAGCAAUGGUUCGACAGCGCUCGCCAGCACUUGGCGUAUGCGCAGCGCGAAAUCGUCCAGAAAGAGGACGGCGUGGAGUUGUGGCAGCGCCGCGAGAACCUAAACGUGGACAUGUUCCUGCGCCAGCGCACCAAGGGAACCCGCACUUACGAAAUGAACCCAAGGGCCCUAGAACUGCGCGAGGAAGACCUUGUUCUCCUCCCGAAACGUAUGUUUGCCUACGCGCUGCGCGAGAGAAGAUUCUUGCCCGUAAACACGCACUUCCUGAAGCCUAUCCGCCGGGAGCAGGGCGUGUUCGAGAACCUCAAGAUCCUGAAGGACUACAAGGACAUCGUGCGAGGUCUCGUGGCGUCCCACUUCCAGAAGAAGACCCUCGAGCGACGCUACGUCGACAUGUCGACCGAGGGCCCGAGCCAGGAUCUGAUCCAGAAUAAGGGACGAGGUUUGGUGGUCUUACUUCACGGUGUGCCCGGUGUAGGUAAGACGGCGACGGCCGAGGCGGUGGCCAUGGAGUACCGCAAGCCUCUGUUCGUCAUCACAUGCGGUGACCUCGGUCUCACGCCCUCCGAAGUCGAGUCGUCGCUCAGCAAUGUCUUCCGCCUGGCGCACCUAUGGGACUGCGUCCUACUUCUAGAUGAAGCCGACGUCUUCCUCUCGCAGCGGUCGAAGCUGGACAUGAAGCGCAACGCGCUGGUGUCCGUCUUCCUGCGCGUGCUCGAGUACUACAACGGGCUGCUCUUCCUGACGACGAACCGGGUGGGCACGAUCGACGAGGCGUUCAAGUCGCGCAUCCACAUGUCGCUGUACUACCCGCCGCUCGACAAGCAGCAGACGCGCGACAUCUUCCGGCUCAACCUGGCGAAGCUGCGCGAGAUCGAGACGCAGCGUCACUCGAUGACGGGCGAGCCGUCGCUGCUCGUCAAGGACGCCGAGAUCAUCGACUUCGCCGGCAAGCACUACGAGGACAACGCGCGCUCGACCGGCUGCUGGAACGGCCGCCAGAUCCGCAACGCGUUCCAGAUCGCGUCGAGCUUGGCCCACCACAACUACGCCAACGCCGUCGAGGUCGCGCGCAGCCGCGGCCAGCAGCCCCCCGUCGCGCCCGUGCUCGACCGCAGCUUGUUCGAGAAGGUGCAGAUGUCGACCCAGAGCUUCGACCGCCACAUGAAGGAGUCGAAGGGCUUCGAUGGGGACUUGCCCUUGAGGAACACGUUUUACGAGGAGAACAAGUUUGAGUAG